AUCCAUUAUCAAUUUCUAGUGAUUGAGAUAAUACAAUGCAAGGAAGAGAGCAAGAUGUAUCGGUAGGAGCGAACAGAUACAGGGAAACGCAGCCCAUUGGAAUCGCUGCUCAAGGCGACAAAGACUACUCGGAACCUGCACCAGCGCCGCUGUUCGAACCCGCCGAGCUGACUUCAUGGUCGUUCUACAGAGCUGGGAUCGCAGAAUUCGUGGCGACAUUCCUUUUCCUCUACGUCACGAUCUUGACCGUAAUGGGUGUGGGAAAAGCACCCACCAAGUGUUCGACGGUUGGUAUACAAGGAAUUGCAUGGUCUUUCGGUGGAAUGAUCUUUGCUUUAGUCUAUUGUACAGCCGGAAUUUCAGGAGGACAUAUAAAUCCAGCUGUGACAUUCGGAUUGCUUUUGGCAAGAAAGUUAUCUUUAACUAGAGCUUUAUUCUACAUGGUGAUGCAAUGCCUUGGAGCUAUUUGCGGUGCGGGGAUAGUGAAAGGAUUUGAAGGUAAAACCGAAUAUACUAUUCUCAGCGGAGGAGCCAAUUUUGUGAACCACGGUUACACCAUAGGCGACGGACUUGGUGCUGAAAUCAUGGGCACUUUCGUCCUAGUCUACACCGUUCUCUCCGCCACAGAUGCUAAACGCAGUGCGCGGGACUCUCAUGUGCCGAUCUUGGCACCAUUGCCAAUUGGGUUUGCUGUGUUUUUGGUUCAUUUGGCAACUAUUCCAAUUACGGGUACUGGUAUUAACCCGGCUAGAAGUCUUGGAGCAGCGAUAAUCUAUAAUCGAAGACAUGCCUGGAAUGAUCAUUGGAUCUUCUGGGUAGGGCCAUUUAUUGGGGCGGGAUUGGCUUCCUUAUAUCACCAAGUUGUGAUCAGAGCCAUCCCUUUCAAUAAGUCCAAGUGAUUUGCAAAUUGUAUCCUUCUGAUCAUUGCAGUUCAGAAUCCAGAUGAGGAGGGAAAAAGAAAAAACAUGCUCAGAUCUGUAUAGAUUAUAGAAGAAAGUGGAUAACAUUGGCUCUGAAAAAUGACAUUCUGCCAUUAUGCAGUUUGAUCAAGUGACCAGAGUCGGUGCAUACGAGAACAAAGGUAACAGGUUCGAUUCCCACUUAGAAUGCAUUAAGUUGAAGCAUAGGUCAUGACUAUAGGAGUCAUGCUAGCUUAUACCAUUCAACCGAAACGAAAAAAAAACUUAUGUAUUAUCUUUUCUUGUGUGGAAAUCAAUGUAUUUUUAAAUUUGGCCACACAAAUAAAAGUCACUCAAAAAAGGGCAUGUA